UUCUUAAUUUGUUAAGCACAGGGACGACUCUACCUUUUUCCUUACUGUAUUUCUACAAAUACAGUGCUUCAUAAUUCCGUAAUUCAUAAAUGUGUAUCAACAAUUUCUGAAAGGUUUGAGGUGGACAGAAAAUGGCGAAAUGACUAUGUGCGAAUAUCAUCUGUGCAUGUAUACAUGAAACUAUGAACUGAUCGGAGAGCUCAGAGAGUAUGCCAUAUAACAGAUGAGACGAUCGCGCCAUUUGCAAUGGCAAAGGUCGAGUCUGCAACAGUGAAAGCUUGAACUCUUGAUUAAUUAGCAACACAAUAAGGUACACAAGCAUUCAGAGUAGCCAAAUCAGUCAUUUGAACAUGGAAAUGGAGUCCAGUGAUGAAAAUGAACUAGGCCUAUUUGGAGAUGGGUUUAGGGGAAGUAGCCCUGGCCCUUUAGAAGAAUCUAGUCCAUCUGAAAACCAGGAUCAAAUAUGUAGUAUCUGCAGCAAAAAGUACUGCUGUCCACGUGUGUUAUCAUGUCUGCAUGUCUUCUGUGAAUCUUGCCUGGAGAAGAUGCUUGUGGAGGAAAUAGGAGAAUCUGUAAAAAGAGACUUCACAAUCAAAUGCCCAAAGUGUAAACAGGAGACAAAGGUGGGUAAUAAGGGAGUUGUUUCCCUGCCAUGUGAUUAUGUCCUCACCAAUAUUCUCGAUAUGUCGGCCAUUGAGAGUAUGGCAGUUCUGUGCACUAGUUGCAAGGCGAAGGAGAAGGCUGUGGCACGCUGCUCUGAUUGUGCUAAUUUCCUGUGUCCAAACUGCAACUCAGCGCAUCAGUUUAUGCGCUGCUUUGAAAAUCACCAUGUUGUAACUUUUGAAGAAUUAAAUAACUCCCAUGAAGCAGUCCCAAUUCAUAAGCCAAUCUUCUGUGACAUUCAUCCUGCAGAAAGUAUGAAAUUCUUCUGUUUAUCUUGCCAGGUACCAAUUUGUAAUGAUUGUUUGCUGAAAGAACACAAGGCUCCAGAACAUCAUUAUGAACGCAUGUCGGAAGCAGAAGGUCGUCAGCGUGAAGAACUCCAAAGUCUGAUGACUGAAAGCAAGUCUAAAGUGGAGUUUUGCGAGGAUGCAUCAAGCCAUCUGGCAAAUGCCCUCAGCGAGUUGCAAGUUCAGUAUGAUAGUGCUAAAGAUCUGAUCCAGGAAACGUUCCAAAGCUAUAAAGCAAUCCUGGAAAAAUAUAAGGAUAAAGUGUUGGAGGAUUUGCAGCAGUUGCACUCCAAACAAGAACUGAAAAUAAUGGAUACAUUUCAUAGCGUGGAAAAAACAAUGGAGAAAAUUGAUGAUGCAUGUAAGUUUACUUCACAGCUGCUGGAACAUGGGAACACUGUCGAGAUUUUGUCCCUGAAGAGAAUAGUUGGAGCCCAGUUACUUCACUUGAUAAAUAAUACUCCAAAACCUGAAGUGAACACGUCUAUUGAGUUUGAAACAGACAUUAACAAAUUUGAGGCUGCUGUCAAGGCAACAUUUGGAACAUUCUGUACAGAGACUACUUCCACGCCUAAAGAAACAACAACUCCGCCAAACUUGCCAGGAGUGCAGCCCCUCAAUUUAAGUGGAGUUCUUGGUGCCGCAGGAAUGGAAAUUGCAAAUGCUUGUCCUAACACUGUAACAACCACUAGCAGCCCCGUUUCUCUCCCAACUUCAAUGCAGUCCUCAUUUGAAGGCGAGCUUGCUUCUGGAGUUGGUCCUGCAUUUUCCCUUCCUCCAGGUGUGCUAGGACCAACCGAAGGUCCUCCAGUUCCACCAUCCCUGCCUCCAACAACUCUGCAUGGUUUGACUAGCAUUCAAGAGUACAAUCUACAGCAGCUGGCAAGCCUUGCAGAAAAAGAAGCAGCCAGCUCUCCGGUUGUUGGAGUAUCACCAUCGCAUCCUGCUCCAAGUUCAAACCCAAGUCCCACUCCUUCCUUCACCCUGGCUGAUCUCUUCUCUGGGGACAUCAGCUCUACAAGCAAUGCACUCAACAAUUUACAGGCCCUUGCAAAAUUGGGCAGUGUGUCACUCAACAAUCAGGGUCAGAUUGUGGUGAAUGGUGGGCAGACUGUGAAUUUAGUGGACCCCCUACCCCAUGGUGCACCACCACAGCCCGGGGCUGGUCACACUGUUCACAGUUCCACCCCUACCCCUCCGCCUAGCCAGGCUCUGCCCCCAACCCUCGGAGCUCUCCUUAACGAUCUGGCUAAUGGGUCCCUGAAUGGAGGGCCACCCGGAGGGGCAGGCAGUCUGGUGUUGGGACGUGGUCCUUCACCAAGCCUGGAGAUAAACACAGCCAUAUCACCACUGAAUGGAGCGACGUUCCAGUCUCUGUCGGGCUCACCCUCACCCAUACUCUCACAGUCAGAUGAAUUACUAGCGGAGAGCCUGCAUAACAUCCCUGUAAUUGUAUCAGGAGGAGGAGGUGGGGGGGGACCUGCAGGAACUUUCCAUCAUCCUCGUGCUGCAGCAAGCAAGCUCACACCCAUGCAGAUUCGCUGCAAGUACGGCCAGUUGGGUCCGAGUAAGGGCCAGUUCAAUUCACCUCAUGGUUUUUGCCUUGGGAUCGAGGAAGAUAUCAUAGUUGCGGACACCAAUAACCACCGCAUUCAGGUAUUUGAGAAGACAGGUACUUUCAAGUUCCAGUUUGGUGUGCCUGGCAAGGAAGAAGGUCAGUUAUGGUAUCCACGAAAAGUUGCAGUUAUGCGGAACACUGGGAAGUACGUUGUUUGUGAUCGUGGGAAUGAACGUUCUCGCAUGCAGAUUUUUACCAAGAAUGGCCAUUUUAUUAAGAAAAUUGCCAUCAGGUAUAUAGACAUAGUGGCUGGACUUGCAGUAACAUCUCAAGGUCACAUUGUUGCUGUCGACAGUGUGUCACCAACUGUAUUUGUUAUCUCUGAGUGUGGUGACCUACUACGCUGGUUUGACUGUAGCGAUUACAUGCGGGAACCUUCAGAUAUUGCGAUAAGUGGAAAGGAGUAUUUUGUCUGUGACUUCAAAGGCCACUGUGUGGUUGUGUUCAACGAAGAAGGACAGUUCUUACGCCGCAUUGGUUGUGACAGUAUAACCAACUUCCCCAAUGGGAUUGACAUAUCAGAUGCUGGGGAUGUUUUGGUGGGCGACUCACACGGAAAUCGAUUUCAUGUAGCAGUGUUUUCCAGAGAUGGGUCUCUUCUGUCAGAGUUUGAGUGCCCCUAUGUCAAGGUAUCCCGAUGCUGCGGCCUAAAAAUCACAUCAGAAGGUUAUGUGGUAACUUUAGCUAAGAACAAUCAUCAUGUAUUGGUCCUCAAUACACUUUAUAUCAUGUAAGUAAGGUCUGAAGAGAAGUUAUGCUGCCAGCAGCGAAUUGAGCAAGAAAGCUGCAUGAAUAUAUACUGUAGGAUUAGACUUUCAGAAUAUUAGAGAAACUCUGUUGGGUCACAGGAGCAUGAUGUGGUUGGUGCUUCUUCAUGUAGCCCCAUCUCUCUCCAUCUUAAGAACUCAGCCCAAUGGUGUUUACCAUAGUCUCCAACUUAGUUGAUCUCGCAACCAUAAACUCUGCAUAAUUUAUGCUAAUAUUUUAAUUUUCAGUAGUCAGAAAGUCAUGUUAAGUACUGCAGUAAGAUUUUUAAAUAUGAGUGCUGUAGUGGAGACAAAAUAUUUGUUUUCAGAUUAUUUUGCGAGGGAAAGAUGUUUAGUUUAGGCAGAGUUUGUUUUAUUUUAAAGGUGUGAUGUAAAAAAAUGCAUUUAGCAAAUUUAUCCAAAUAACGAAAGUACUAUAGGUAAAUAUAUUAUACAUAUACACUAAUUAUUUUUUAUUUGUUAAAAAACUAAAUUAUUAUUAUUAUCAUUAGUAGUAGUAGUAGUAGUAGUAGUAGUAAUAGUAAUAGCAGCAGCAGCAGUCAUAUGGUUCCUAAUGUAACAGUUCAUGCUUAAAAGGAGAGUUUCUUUUCAUGCAUAUGUGUGUGAAUGGUUAAAAUGGCUGUGUGCUUGAGUUCUUGGAUGUUCAGUUUUAAAGUAACUGUAAUGAUUACAAUACUUACUCAGGUUGGUUUAUUAUUAUUCAUCAUAUUUGCUAUAACUAAGAAUGUGAUUGCAAAUUUUAUUUGCUCUGAAAAUGAGAAAAUAUGUUUUUCAUCUUGAUAUUUUUGUGCAACUUGAUGAGGUUGCAAAGGGUAGCACGCAAACAACUGUGUAUCUUAUAUCGGAAUGUAUGUAUUUUACUGUGCCAUGAUUUCUCUAACUAUUAAUUAAACAUUUGUUUGCGCGUUAAUCUAUCUUUGUACCCUCCCAAAUAUAUGAAUGAAUAAUCUCAUGUAUGAAAGUGGCAAUGGCUUUUCAGCCAUCGAUAACUAUAGACAUUUUAUUGUAGGGUGUUCAGACUUCCAGAAACUAUUGCACAUGUUUUGUCUGUCAGUCUACCUGAGGAAAGGACUUGUGAAUGUCUCCUUUAUGGAAACAAAACUACAUUUCCUGGGAUUUGUGAUGAUUGUGAAUUCCCCCUUAUUGUAUAAUUGGAUUGCUGUGCUCUACUGUCUGCACAAAGACAUUUUCAUCGAGUUUUGAGCUUCUUUGUCACUCAUUUUAAGUGCCUGUAUGGUUAGUGAAACUUGUCAAUCACAUGGCCAAACCCAGGUUUCAUUUCCAGUCACCAAAGAACCGAAAACUUAACAACACAAGAAGUUUCGAGAAUUUUUUGGAAGAAUUUCGCUAACACAAAAGAGACAUUCUUUCUGUGUAUACCUGACUGUUGAGUUUUCAACUAAGUAAUAAACCUCGUAACUGUCAUGGGUUUUAUUCUAAUCAGUAUUGCUUAUAAUGAAAGGUCCCAUGUAGUGAAGGACUCAUUGGAAGUGUUUAAAGAACUUACACUCCUUAGAGAAUUUAUCAUCCAUGACAGCCAUGGUUCCAAAUCCCAAAUAGAACAUUCGCGCUUUGGGAUCAUUUUGACGGUUAGAGUAGAUGACCUCUUCUUCAUCUCGUUACAAAUGGAGUGAACUGUAAUUGGUACUUCAUUAUGUCUUAUCUAGUACUGUGAAAAAAUACAGAUGUUAUUUCUCUGUUACUUCUUGGUCAACUUGUAAAAAUAAAAGAAAGAAAACCUUUCGAUAAAAACAUGCCUGUGAUAAUAGUAUCUUCAGGAUCAGUUGUGACCUUAGUAUCUUGUUAUUUUAUUGUGCGCUGCCUAUAUUUACUAGCGGCAAAAUGUUAGAAAGUAAUUUUCACAAUAACAAACAUAAUGUUUCUAUAAAAAUUAUAUAAAACAAUCGCCAAAAAUAUCUUAUGCUUAAAUAUAUCUUUAGGGCAGAAGAUUAUGUGUACACUGUGACUGCUACUCUGCUUUGAGGUUGGGGGGGCUACUUAAAAUUGUGUAUGGCAUUAGGAUGAUGUCUUUUGAACUUAGAAUUUUGGGAGAAAGGGUAUUUUUUUCCCCCCAAUGAAGUUUCUGGUACUAUGACUUUUAGUUUGAAUGAUACUCGAGUAUUAAUAAGUCAUAGUGUAUAUGUCAGUUUAUAUUUUUGUUAAUUGCCUUAAGAGAUGCAACAAAAUUUAACACACACACACAUACAUUCUCUCUUAUUAUAUACAUAUAUAAACCUGCUCAGAUUCAAAACUUACACAUGUUUUGAGUAUAUAAAUAUAUUUACACAACUUUUUGACCUUAAAAGUUAGGCAUCUCCCCUACCAUGAAUUUGUAUAAAAAACCUAAACUAUUUAGUGGCUUAGGAGGGAUGCCUAACCUCAGUUUUAACCCCCUAUGAUUUACCUCAAUAGAUGAUAAAAACUACAAAAAUAUUAUAUAUUUGUGGUAAAUGUGAUAGAAUUUUUGAUGAUUUUUACAAAUCACACAAGUCUCUUUCAAUGUGUACAAAAAUACAGUUGUUUUUUAGAUAGCUACUCUGUAAGGAAACAGUCAUUUUUUUCACCCUAUGCAUUACACAAACUUAACUUGCAAAGAGAUCUAAAGGAUACAAUAAUUAAAUGUUGAUAAUUUGAGAAAUAUUGAAUUUGGAUGAUAUAGUGCAUAUGGAGUAAGUAUGAACACACAACUUUUUAUUAUUCCCACCAAAAUUCACUAGCAAUAAGUGUUGUUAGUUUUGUCAGUAUUGAAGAAAACAUUUAAAAGUCUCUAUUUAUAUGAAAUCUUGUCUUGUAUCAUUCCAUCCAUAGUGGAACUGGAUGCAAUUUGAAAUGCAAAGUCAGGGAAAUGAGUUUCCCAUUAGAGUUGUGACUGAGAAUGGAGACUCUCUCCCUGACAAGAGAGACAUUUUGUUAUCCAUUGUCUCUAGUUCCAGAAUCAUCACUUUAUACAGUGAAGAGCACAAAGGCCAUUUUCCAGAGGUAUUUGUAAGGUGAUAUUUAAGCCACGAAUUUUGAAAAAGCAUGUCAAGAUGCAGAAGGGAGCAUACCUCUGCCCUAUGCGCUUUUCUUGGUCUUGGCCAUUUGCAACUGUAUCCGUCUUCCCACUUUCCUCUUUCCAACUAAAAGGGGGAAAUGGGAGAUUUGGAAUAACACUCAUACACAUGAAAUUUAUAUAGUGUAAUCGAUGAAGUAUUUAAAGCUUCUGCAAGUAAUCACAAGCAUUUAAUAAUAACAUUAAAUAAUAAUGGAAUUUGUAGAAUGACAGGUAUAAAAAUUAUGUCUUAUUUAACACAGUUAAUAGAAAUGUAACGGGGACAUCUGCAAAUGGCCGUUAGUCUCUUCCCUUAAUUUAGUACGCUUAAAAACACACAUACACAAACACAAGGUGGAAUUCUUACUGCCUUGAAGUUCCACAUUGCCAGUUGCUAUUGCAUAAGGUGUGUGGAAAUAGAUGAGCAAAGCAAAUACAAGGUGCAGGAAUUGCACUCCUUGAUAACAUGGAAAAGCUACAAGGUUUUUAGCAUUGUGGUUGUUAAGUACAACCAGAUGAUUUGUCUUCCUAGUUGCUGAGAAAAAUAUGUAGCUUAUUCAUUUGUUAUUAAUCACUUAAUGUGGCAAUGUCGAGGUUUUUAUCUCAAUCAAGCCUGUCCUUUUUUUUUACUGUAGAAUAGAGUUUAAAAUAUUUUUGUUUCCUUGAUUUUGUAGAUAACCAGCAAAUUGAAAAAUAUUAUUUUCAAUUUGCAGUUUUCAGUGUUUUGUCUGUAUUAUUGUUUUUUUAAGAAUGCUUUUAUUAUUCAACUUGUUCAUAUACAUGAUAUUUAAUAUGUUGUCAUGUAUUGUGUUCUUUAAACAAAAUGGCUGUUCAAAACAAAACCUGGGGAAAAAGGAAACCGGCAAAUAUCUUAGCACUGUUAUUGUAAGAUUUAUUGAAUUUAAAUACACAUAUUUGAAAAUGUUGUUGCCAAAAUGAUGUUUGUGAUGUGCAAGUAACUCAUACUGUUGUAAGAUAUUCUCAUGUUGACUGUGUUGACUUUAUGGUGCGAGAUUGUGAGUUUAGUGGUUUCUUUGUUCCCUCUGGAAUGUAUUCCGACACGUGAGUGGUAUCCAGCUUUUCUGCUGCUUCACUGAAAGGAAUAUAUUAAAAACCCUAUAAAAAUUUAAAGGUGUACUUUGUGGGAUUGAUCUAUUAUUUUUGUUGUUCAAUAAUAAUUCUUUACAAUUGCUUAGAAAUUAAAAACUCGUUGUAAUAAGUAGUUGAUAAGAUAAGGACGCUCUUCAUAUUGCAAGUGGUGAUAAACUCAUUUUUGCUGUUCACACUUGUAAUAGUGAGCUCUUCAGCAUUCCUGCCAACUGAAAUGUAACAGCAGCAGAUUGUGUAACAUAACUCCAAUCAGAUAGGUGUGGCAUGAGGAACCUUCAUAUUCUUGAGUUCACUUAAAAAUAGGCAUUUUUAACAGCAGGUGAAAAAAUGAAUGCUUUAUUGGAGGGAUGGCUGCAUGCUGUUCAUGUGGAUGAAAUUUGUUUGGAAGAAACAGCUGAUUUAUGUAAUGAAGUCAAGUUCCUGUUUUCCGUGUUAGGAGUGCUUUGUAAUCGUGAUAUACCAAUCCUUGUUUUCACUGUGCCAUAAUGGUGGUGGGACAGCAUUUCAGUUGGCAGCAUGAACAAUCAGUACUAGACCACAGAAACUUUGAAGAAAUGGUUGUGAGAUAUUUUCUUCCUCUUUUCUUCCCCUUCUUUUGUUUCCCCACUUUGGAGAGUUCUGUCAUUUCAGUGCAGAUGUGCAAUAAUCCCUUGACAGAAUAGUUUAGAUUUAUUAUAUAAAACAUAAAAAUAUAUGAAAAAACAUUGCUUCAUAACAAAAUAAUUUUCCUUUUGUUAUAUAUUCUUAUGUAUACAUAUUACCAAAAAUGUUUAUUUAAAUGUAGGUAUUGCAUUCCAAGCCUUGUGAAUUAUUACUGUACUCAGCAUGUUUUUAUUUUUGAGUGUGUGAGGUUGCACUUAAGGUGACAGUUUUGAGGGGUUGUUCCUUCAACAGUAAGGUGUAAUAUGUUGGUGCCCUGUCAAGGUGUGGCAGAAACUGUUGUGUGAUGUUUUAGUGGGGUCCUAAAUGUUGGUUAUUAUUGACUGAACUUGUACAGUAGCUGUUAAUUUUUUAUGUUCAUUAGAAGAAAUUAUCUUUUUUUUUUUCUUUUUAGUCAGCUCAAGUACAAAUUUUUAAAUGUAAACCAUAGAACACAUUUACUGGUUAUUGUAGUUAGUUCGGAGUUUUUAUAGUUCAUCUCAUUCUCUAAAUAUUUUACUGUUAUUUCCUUUUAUUUAAUAUUCAUUUGUUUGAGCCCUCCAGAAAUUUAUAACGAGCCUUAUCGUAAAUCUGAACAAUAUGCUAGAUCCAUUACAUAUGUAUUACAAAUUUGUGAUUUUAUAUUUGGGCCUAGAAGUCAGUAACAUCAGUGCAUACUACAUUUUCUUUAGGUUACAAUAUGGAAAACUUCUGUAAAUCUCUUAUGAACUCUGCCCAUAGACUGCAGUGCCUUUUAAGAUGACAGAAUCUGUGACUUGGCACUCUCCAUGAUCAGUGGGCACAUGUGUUUGUUUUAUUUCCAUUUUGUGACACCUUUAGCAUGUUCUUCCAUUUGGAUGAAGUCAAAUUAUCAACAUAUCACUUUCAUCAAUUACCGUAUGUGCAUGUAAAGGUUUAUUGUUUUAUGCUUGUUUGAAAUUUUACAGAGCUGCAGCAAUAUAAUGAAAAUCAGAAAAGAGGCCUCUUGAAACAUUUUUGCCAAUAGAUGCACCAAAUUAUUUAAAAGAUAUGUUAUUUUCACUCAUAGUCAUUACCUUAAAAUGUUAAGUAUGUUUUUGUGUGUUAUAAUCUUUGUAAUAUUGAUUGAAUUACAAGUACAUACCUUUUACAUAAGAUAUUGAAUAAAUACAAUUAUUUCCAGGGUUUGUAUAAAUGCUAUGGAAACAGACUUUUGUCAUUUAGUGUAUCUGUUGAAACAGUAGCCCUUAGUUUAUGUUCUGCUGAUUAAAUGGGUGCCACUUUUAUCUUCAUAAAUUUCAGCUGUCUUAGUGGCAAAUAUUUUUAACCUGUGCCCAGAACUGAUGCCUAGCGAGUAGCCAUAAUGACCAAUUAUUUUUCCAUUUUCUUUUAAUUAAAGAAGAGGGUGUGAGCUCAGAGGAUAACAUUACUCCAAUUUUGCAUAGUCAUUUAGUAUGUGUUUUCAAACUAAACUGAUUUAAAACUUCCAAGGGAAAUUUCCCAGAGCUAGUCCUUUAUUAUUUGAUAAAAUAUUUACUGAUAAGUUUUUGUUUAGGAAACAAAUGUAUCAUCAGUUCUUCUUUCUUUUUUAAUUUGAACUCACAAGUUAUGUACUUUUCCCUGUUCAUGAAUAUACUUUUCUUUUACAAAUAGUACAUGAUACACCCAUACAGAUAAUAUAAUGUUAUAUAAAACACUGAUAAUAUUGCUAUAAUAAAUAAUUUUGAAAUUAUAGUAUUCAGAGUUGUCUUACAUGAAAGUGGUAAAUGUAAAAUUGUACAGCAGAAUAUUACAUAAAGUAUGUUAAAAUUUAAUUUUAGAAUUGAUAUUAAUAGGGCUUGUGCUAAAACGAAAGUUGCCAUGGAUGUACUGCUCCUAAGCAAGGUUUCAAUUUGUUUGUGUAAAACUGAUUAGAGAGUUUGGCCCCAGACGUGAUUUUAUUCGUUAUUCAGGGUUCCUGUUAAAAAUGUUCAGCAUUCAUUCUUGCUAUUUUUGGAAACUGUUAAGUAUCUUUAAAUUUACCUAAGAAUGCUUAAUUUGUAUGAUCUUUGUUUUAUGAAAUAAAUAGUCACCUAAA